AUGCCACCAGAUGCAGGUUUGGACAAGCUAUUUUGUAAAAUGAUUUGGCUGUUCACAUGCUGUAUUGGUCUUCUACUGAUCACUGUUUCAAUUCAGAGUAAUAGCAAUGUUUGUGUGAAGUCAUUUCAACCAGCUGAAACUUUACCAGACGGGGAAUUCAUGAAAGUAUUAUACCAUGCUGACUUUGAUCCAGCUACUGGUAAACUGAGGCUGAGAUGGCGUGGAAAUACCGUAACUAGUGAUCUCAGUGGAAGCACCUUAAGUUUCCAAUCAUGGCUUGCUCAACCUCAUGAUGUUAAAAAAUCAAUUGGAAAUCUAUGGUCAUUCUUGACACGUAUUAUAGUCUCUGAAUUGGAAGAAGGUUUAGCUCAUUUUAAAAUAUCAGCAGAAUUGGGAGCAUCAAAGCCUGAUGGAAUUGUCGACAUAAGUAAACUGCAGAUGGACUUUUUUCAGCCCGCAUGUACAAAUUAUAACAGUAAAAGUACUACAUGGCCUUAUAAUUGUUUGGAUAAAGAGUUCUUUUGCGAUAUGAACGUAGCACUUACUCAUUUAAUAUUACUUCUUCAUGAUGGUAAUUCUUUAAAAACCAAAUCCUCUUUGAACCAAAUGUCUAUACUUGGUGUAGACAGUACUGUAAGAAGUGAAGCUUUAGAAUUAUUUUUUACAGAAAAUAUUUUAGAUUUUAUUCCUGCAAGGAUUCAAGAAAAUGUCUUCUAUCACUCAAGAUUAUCAUGGGAGUGUAAUAUGAAAUUGGCAAGUCCGUCGACUAUUUCUAAUUGGAUUACCACCAGUCACUUAAACAACGUGAAGACAACAGUAACCACACGAUGUAACCAACAUACGAAUGAUCCAAUUGGUAUAAUGUACUACUGUAAAGUUAAGGAUUAUAUCCUAAAGUUUGAAAGCUGCAACAACCAAGACGACACGAAACCUUGCCUUUACGAUGUCACAUUUCAAGAAACUUUUACCAAAGGAUGGCUUAUCCCUUUCAUGGCUGUCCAAUCUAUGUAUUUUCUUAGCCGAAUAACCCGUGACGUAAUGCAAGAGUUUAAGACAGAAGUUCUUGAGGAAGAUAGAAACGGUUUGUUACAACUUUACAACAAGUACAACCCUCACAUCACUGUAGAAGAUUCAAUGUGUGUAAUUGACUGGCCCAAAGCUUAUUAUUGUAAAUAUACGGAAUGUAAGGAAGAUUGGGUUUACAGACCGGAUUGCGUUAUAAAGUUGCUUCUACCCGCGGUGAAACGUUUGACCGAUGUUUCGGCUAUAAACAGCUGGACAAGCCAAGAAGUUCAAAAAGCGAAGUCAGAUUUGAUCAUUUGGAUGUCACAUCAUCCGUUUUGUUAUUACAUGAAUGACGGUUUCGAAUUAAGCGUGAUCGAUCCAAUCAUAGUUUCUACACAAAGUAAAAUAAAAGCUUAUGUUGAACAAUUUGACAUGGAGAAUUUGAAGACCUUUGUCGCGACUCUACCUUCUCUUAACUAUUAUCCAAAAGAAUUGGAAGUGUAUGUGUGUUCAGGCACGGUUCAUGUUCGAUAUUAUGGUUUUUGUAUUCUUGAGCCACUUUUGACUAGUGUGUCUCUCUUUAUAAAUGUCUUUGACAAUUCAAAAAAUUCUAAUACAAAGGUCCUAAACCCGACAGUUGACUAUAAAACCGUUUUGGAACAACUUCAACUCGAUGUCGCAUCAACAUCUAUCCAUUCACAAAAUGAAGCAUAUUUUAAUCAACUGACGGGACAAUUACAAAACAACUUUGGUACGCUAUCCACCUAUUUUGCAUCCUUGGCUGACUACGAUAAAGACAAAGCCGAAGCAGACAUAGCAUAUAUAGAUGGAAGACUUAACCUUUACAAAUCCAAAAUUAACAACGUUACCGAGGUUGCAUCUGACAUGUUUCAAAAUAUUUUCCAAGCCGCUUUUGAAAAUAAUGUCCUUGAAAUUUCUGGUAGACUUUUGAGUUUAGGCAUUGCACUGGUUCAAAUAGCCAACCCGGCCAGUACUCUACUCGGUGGAUCAAGUUUCAUGGAUUUGAUGGACUCAAUCAAUGAAUUGGCUCAGACAGGUGUCGUCACGGCUCAACUUAUUCAGCUACAGCAGGAUGCAUUUCCUGAUCUAAUCCAGCACGCUACUAGAUUAGGAGAAGGAUUUUUAUCCAAUGAAAACCAAUUAUUAGAUGCCAAGAAGUUAAUAGAUGCGUUAAAAUAUGGACAUGAUGCAACCACGACAGCUGGUACUUUCCUCGGUAAAUAUAAUGGUUAUGAUCCCAAAAUCGUGGCUGCAGAUAUAUCAUCAUAUGGAGCCAAACUUGAGACGAUAACUGAAGUGAUGUGUGAGGCUGCCUUCGCUGGUGGAACUGCUAUCUCUGCUGUUGGAGAAAUAAUAUUUGCCACAAAGGGUGAUUGUGUCAAAGUACAUGGACCUAUAUCUGAACUCAUAGCUUUGUGUGAAGAAGUAUAUGAAUAUCAAUUUGAUCUUAUGGACGCUUUGUCUGACACCUCGCGUGCUUACCUGGCAGAACAAAAAGCUAAUGACCUUAAAUUGGUCUAUUCUAGUAAUCAUGCAGUUGACCAAGCCUUCCUUCAAAAGUUUGCAAUCAAUUCCUUCAUAAUUUCAACUUUGAACCUCUGGGAACUGAUAACUGAAUACUGUGACGUAUUGACCUAUACAAGAGGAGGGCGUGUUCAAGACAAAUGUACCUCUGCAUUGAAUAAUCCAUCCCAUCGGGCUAUUUCACAAGUGAUCGGUCACAGACCAACACCACUCUGUCACGUCAAUAAUGAAAUCACACAUUACGUGUCGAUACCAAUAACUCCAUCAAAUCCACAAGACCAGGCGUACCUAGACUUGAAUGAAUUGUACAGUAAGAAAACGAUAACUUUUAAGGUACCGAAUUUUCAGUGGCUGGUAGACAGUCGAUGGUUAGAGCAACAUGAUGCAGAAAAGGCUAUGUAUAUAGCACGAUUUGAGAUUUACCUUCCUCCGAUGACGAGCCACCAUCUUAACACUAUCGAAGUCAAUGUAGAGCCGAGCAUGGAAAAUUUUCUACGGUAUGGUGGAAUCAAAUACUUGAUUCCUGUUACAGGUUAUUCGGCACGAUAUACAGAAAAUAGCUUUAACUGUUACACUGUGAAGAGAGAUAAUCCAUAUCAGCUAUGUGAUGCACCUGGCAAAAAUCUGAUUAAAAUAUGUCUAACUUCUGAAGGUUUCGUCGAUAGACUUGUUCAACCCUCCAUUUAUAAUGAAUGGAAAAUCACUCUUAAAACUCUACCAGCUGAUCACACCGUACCUCAGCCAGCUACUGAUUUCAAAAUCCAAGCAGGAAUAACCUUAUGUUUGAUCGAUCGUCAUGGAUCAGGCAAGAAAAGGGAGUCGCCAAUUGAUGAAGAACCUGGUUCAACUGUCAGAAGAACUAAGCGUGAUGAACAACAUUGCUGUAAUUCUAACCAAUACUGGUCAAGCACAGAAUGGGCAUGUCGAACUUGUCCUUCUGGUACCACACUUAGAGAUAAGGGUUAUUACUGUCAAUAG